GCGAGCGCUCUCUUUUUAAAGUUUAAAAACUUCUCCCCCUCCUCCUUAACUCAAGCUCAAGCUCCUCCCUUGUAGCCGUUGCAAUCACCUCUCUCUCUCUCUCUCUCUCUCUCUCUCUCUCCAUGGAUUCAGCAUCCCUCAUAACCCCUUCCUCCGAAGAGCGCUUCUGGAGCAAGCUCCGCAACCGCGUCGAAGCCAUUCUCGACGAUCGGAGGCCCGCAAACCGCCCCGCCGAUCCCGCCGCGCAUUUGUGCGGAGCGGAAUCCGAGCGCGGGAAGCGGUCGCGGGAGGAUUCGCUUCUCCUGAUCAGGGGGCUGGAUUCGGUCGCUUCGUCGCUGUCUCAGCUCUCGGAUACGCUGAGCGCGGCGCAACAGGAAGUGAAUGCUCUAGCUAAAGCCUCUGUAGCAGCAAAAGAAUUGCAAGGAGAGAGCCAAAGAACAGAUGAGGAGGAGGGGCCAAAAGCAAAGAGGCAUUGUGGCUCCGCCGAGAUCCCCGAAAAACACGAUUCAGCUUACACCGAUAAGAACAAAGUUAUUGCUCACACCGAUAAGAACGAAGCUAUCGAUUCCGACAAGCAUAAUGAAAACAAAGAAGAGGCAGCUUCUGAUGAGUGUCAAGAUAAAAAUGAUAAGCACACUUCUUCAGAUGUUCUGCGAAGUGCUAAACUGAAGCAGGCAAAAAAUCUUGCGAUAUCAAUGGCAACUAAAGCGUCUUCUCUUACGAGAGAGCUAAAGACGAUAAAAUCGGAGUUGCUGUUUAUGCAAGAGAGGUGUAGUUUGCUUGAAGAGGAGAAUAGGCGGCUUCGCGAAGGGAUAGAGAAAGGAGUUUCAGAAGAAGAUGACCUGGUGAGGCUUCAGUUGGAGGCUUUACUAGCUGAGAAAUCAAGAUUAGCGCAGGAGAAUGCAAACCUCCUGCGAGAAAAUCAGAGCCUUCACCAGCUGGUUGAGUAUCACCAGCUAACUUCGCAGGAUCUGUCGGCAUCGUAUGAGCAAGUCAUGCAGGGAAUGUGCUUGGAUUUCUCUUCUCCACUCGGGAAAAUAGAGAGUGACUCGGAUGAUAGUGAAAACGGCUAUGAAGAAGAUGGAGUUAUCGAACAGAUAAGUUAACGACGUCCUCGUCUUCUGCAGAUGCACUCUGAACAUCUGCAGUUGUAUCGGUGUUCACCGACCAGCUUCUUUUCGCCAUUGAUGUUUGGCGUUAAUUUUGUUGAUUUCUCACCUAGCGAUGUUCGAUUUCUUUCUUCAGUUUACUACAUUGCUGGGAAUUGUACCCACUUCAGUAUAUAUACCCUCAUGAGCAGCAUCUAUGUUCACUCUGUAAUAACAAACUUCAGGCAGUAACUGCAUAACUACGUAUUUGAAUUUA